AUGGCCGGUAUUAAAGCUUACGAAUUGAGAACCAAGUCCAAGGACCAAUUGGAACAACAAUUGGUUGAAUUGAAGAAGGAAUUGGCCGAAUUGAAGGUUCAAAAAUUGUCCAGACCAUCUUUGCCAAAAAUCAACACUGUCAGAAAGAACAUUGCUCGUGUCUUGACUGUUAUCUCUCAAAACCAAAGACAAGCUGUCAGAGAAUUGUACAAGGGUAAGAAGUACCAACCAAAGGACUUGAGAGCCAAGAAGACCAGAGCUUUGAGAAGAGCUUUGACCAAAUUCGAAGCUUCCCAAGUUACUGAAAAGCAAAGAAAGAAGCAAAUUGCUUUCCCACAAAGAAAGUAUGCUAUCAAGGCUUAA